GGGAGCCCAGCGGGGCGGCAGCGCGGAAGAUGGCGGCGGGCAGGCGCGCCCCGCGCACGGGGCUGCUGGAGCUGCGCGGCCCCGGCGGGCAAUGGCUCCGCGUCCUGCUCUCGCUGGCCGAGGACGCGCUCGGGGUGAGCCCGGCCGAUGGCCCCGGCCCCGCUGCCGGUCCCGGCGAGGCCCCGGCGGCGCAGCUGAACGGCGGCGAACCGGGCUCCGCCGUGCCUGAGGCGCUCGCUAACAUCAGGCGCACGGUGCGCGUCGUCAAGCAGGACGUAGGGGGGCUCGGCAUCAGCAUCAAAGGUGGCCGAGAGAAUAAAAUGCCCAUCUUGAUCUCCAAGAUCUUUAAGGGGCUGGCGGCGGAUCAGACCGAGGCGCUGUAUGUGGGGGAUGCCAUCCUCGCUGUCAAUGGCACCGACCUUUCCGAGGCGACGCACGACGAGGCGGUUCAGGCCUUAAAGAAGACGGGCAAGGAGGUGGUUUUGGAAGUGAAGUACAUGAAGGAGAUCUCACCUUACUUCAAGAACUCCUCUGCGGGUGCAACAGUGAGCUGGGACCCCUCACCUGCCACCCUGCAGAAGCGCUCCUCUCCCGUCCUGCCCCCUAAGGAGCUCCGGGAGGUCAGGACCGUGCCCCUCAAGAUGUGCUACGUGUCCUGCAAGUGCCUCCCCACCGACCCAGAGCACAGGUACCUGGAGGUGUGCUCAGCGGACGGGCGCGUCGCCCUGUUCCUGCGGGCGAAGGACGAGGCGACGGCGCAGUCGUGGCUCAGCGCCAUCCAGGCCAGCGCGGGCGCACUGGUGCCGCGGGUGAAGGAGGAGCUGCAGGCUCAGCUGGCCGGUGCUGGCGCCGUGGCUGGACGGGACGUCAAGCACGUGGGCUGGCUGACCGAGCAGCUCCCCAGCGCCGGCACCAGGAACCUCUUGGCCAUCCUCACCGAGAAGGAGCUGCUGCUGUACAGCAGCCUGCCGCAGAGCCGGGAUGCCCUGGGCAAGCCUGUGCACAGCUACCCCCUCAUCGCCACCAGGCUGGUGCACUCGGGGCCGGCCAAGGGCUCGGCGCUGUACGAGGCGGAGCUGUCGUUCGCGCUGCGCAGCGGCACCCGGCUGGGCGUGCAGACACACCUCUUCAGCCUGGAGAGCCCCCGCGACCUGGCGCUGUGGACGCGGCUGCUGGUGGACGGCACCCACGGGGCGGCCGAGCUGGUGCAGGAGGUGUCGGCAGCCUGCACGUGGAAGGGGCAGGAUUGCACCCUGUCCAUCCACAUCGACAAGGGCUUCACCAUCUCCACCACCGAGCCCGGGCUCAGCAAGACCAUCCUGCUCCAGCAGCCCUUUGAGAAGCUGCAGAUGUCCUCUGAUGAUGGUACCAAGAUGCUCUACCUGGACUUUGGUGGUCCAGAGGGAGAGAUUCAAUUGGACCUUCACUCUUGCCCCAAAACCAUCGUGUUCAUCAUCCACUCCUUCCUCUCGGCCAAGGUGACCCGGCUGGGGCUGCUGGCAUGAAGAGGGAACGGAGCACCGGGCAGAGCUGCCCCAGCCCCGGCUGAUCUAUGCACCUUCCUCCCGGCCAAACCCAGCCCCAAGCCAUCCCAUGGAGACUGGACCCUGCAGGGUCACACCACCCCUGCCAAGGAACAGCACCAUCCGGCUGGGAAAAACCACUCCCGCGGCGUUUGGGGGCAGCAGAGGGGUGAAAUCCCUCUUGGAUGGCAGCACCGGGACUUCUCCGGUCCCUGCAUCCCCUUCUUCCUCCACGCUGAUGCUCGGUGGUGGCUGGUUGGAGCCGCCCGGUUGGAGCCGCCGUGAACGGCCGCGGUCGUCACCCCAGUGCCUUGUGAGAUGAUAUUUUCUGUACAAAGAAGCUGUUUGUAUCAAUGUUUUAUAUUUAUAUCAAGCAGUUAUAAAUGCUGAUGCAGCAGCUCUCGCCCACCUGGUUUGGACCCUCUGGAGAGUCCCCAGGUCCUGCAGCACAAGGACGUGUGUCCGUCCCUGGACAGACAGCCCGAGGGCUCGAGACCGCAUCUAGCUCCGUAGUGCUUGAGAUGGGAGCUGCAGAUCAGCUCUGUUUGCCAAAUUUUACCAUAUUGUACCAAAUGAUAGGAACCACUUUGCUUUGUUGGAGUUGGAUGGUUCAUUUUACUGUGCUAACUCCUGGGGCACUUUAUUGCUCAGUUUAGGGGGGACUGCUGGGAAAUAACUUCUUUUAUGAACCAAAAGAUUCCUCAUGAAAAUGCCUUUUUUGGGGGGGAUCAAAUAAACGUUGCAGAUCACAACCUGCGGGAGCCAA